GAUUUAACUAAAAACACAUAAUAUACACUAAUUAUCGAUUUUUACCUAUGGAUCACGGUGUAUGGAUCCAUUUAAUAUUCUAUAGUUUAAGUUUAUUAACACGGGUGUAAAAUAGUUUUUUUAAUUAAUUUCACUUAAAAUAGAUCGAAGCCUGAAAAUAAUUACAAAGCAGAAGGUUUUGUAAAAGAAGACCAGAAAGUGAUUAUAAUUAUAUUAGUGGUUGAUUAUACAGUGGAAAUAGAAAUUUUGAAAACAAUGCUCAAUGAUUUUUGUUUGGAACUGUUGAAAAUGAAAUAGUGUCUAUUUUCUUAAGAAUUUAUAAAUUAUAUUUUCAAGUAAGAAUGGAUUAAAAUAAUUGGAGUAUGGCAAGAGCUUUUACAUGGACCUAAGCAGGCCUAAGAAUUAUAGGCACGGGGCACAAUUAUGCGAUGAUUGGUCGAAAACAACGAAGUGGGAGAGUCCUUUAAAUUUCAGAUCAAUUUACAGUAUUCUGACAACAAUGUUGACAAUUAAGUAUUUGCCUGGAAAUUAUUUAUUGACGAAUAAUUAUUCAUUAAUUAAGAGGAAAAUGACAGGAAUAAUAAAUUGAAAAAAUUAGAAUGAUAAAAAUAUUUUUUCAAAUUUUCAAUAAAAAAUAAAUUAAAAUAAUUUUAAUGAGAUUUACAUUAAUCAAUGUAAUUUUUUUUGCAUCAACGAUAAUUGAUGAUUCUUGAAAUGAUAGAACUAGUGUGUAGCAACUCAUUGAGUCCAGGCACAGUUCUGAAAUAAUUAUCAACCGAAUUUCGGUUUUUAAAGAAAGAAUUAUUAUCAAAGAUUAUUGAAAUUUAAAAGCAGUAUUAUUUAAAAAAAAAAAACUAUUUGAACAAUGGAUUCGUGGAUUGAUUUCUAAUACCAGUUAGAGGUUUUUUUUGAAACCAGUAAUUAUUUUUAUUAAUAAAUAUAAUAAUUAUAAUGUAACAAAUGCGUAAAGAUUAUUGAAGAUUCAGCAUCAAGUAAUGCUGAAGCAUAUUUUGACUGGUCCGCCGUCAACGGGCAUCAGUCAUCAUCAUAAUGACUGUCAAGCGUCUGGGACAAUGCCUUCGUCUAAUAAUUUACAGCAACAUCAUCACCAUCAUCAUCAUGCGGAUCAUUAUAAUUACAGUGGUCGCAAUAAACGUAAUGGACAUGAUGUUUAUGAUUCAGUAAUUCUUCCAUCUUCACAUCGUUCAAUUGGACAUCAUCAGCCAAUGGCAACAACUCCAUCAUCUGGACAUCAUCAUCCUCUAAAUCAUUCUCAAUUGAGUGUAAAUAAUAUUUUACAAAAAGUGAAUGCACAAAAUUCACAUGCAUUAAAUUUAUCAACACUUUCAACUUCAAAACAUUCCGUUAAUAGUGUUAGUCCAGUUGUUGGUAACAAUAAUAAUGGUGGUCAUACAUUAACGGCAAAUGUCAAUCAAGAAAGACCUAAAAUCAAUGGAGGACUGGAUAUUUCUAGGUUAUCAAGAAUUCAUAAUCAACCAACACCAUCGCCGGGACUUAUUCAAGUUCAACCAAUUAUGCAAGUUUCAUCGAGUCCAAAUAUUGUGCCAUUAAAUAAUUCUUGGUCAACUACAUUAUCUAGAAGCAAAAUACAAGAAUCGGGAAUUAAAGAAAUGCUAACAAGUUUGGGAUUAUUGUGUCUUGUUUCUCUACUUUUAGCUUUACUAGCACUAACGUUUUUACUUAAAGUUUCACCUAUUACUGCAGCAACUAGUACAUUAAUUAGUCCCGAGGAAUAUGCUGUUGUUUAUCAAGUUACAUUAGCACUAUGUGCUUUGGCGCUGUCACUAAAUCUCUGUUGCCUUCUCGUAUGCGCCAUUCAAUUUCUCUUCGCAGUUAAACUCGUAAGGUCUUCUUAUCAAGGACAUCGAACAAAUAAAUACUUGGAGAAAUCUUCAGUCAGUCGUAUUUGUGCAGUUGGUGGAUUUUUCAUUAGUAUUCCCGUAUUUUUAACGGGAAUGAUCUUAUAUACAUUCACGCAAUUUCACACAACACCGGCAAUUGUAACAUCAAUUUUCAUCGCUCUUGGAAUCGUAUUUUGUGGAUGCGCAAUGGUGCAUAAUGUCUUCGUGUGGCAAAGGGAGAAGACGAGUGCUAUGAAAAAUAUAGCGCGCGAACAAUGCGAAGCAGCAGCACAAUUACAACGUCAUCAACAAAAUUUGCAGCAACAACAACUUCAACAACAACGUUCAAUUCUUACAAUACAUCCGUCUUGUCCUUCAAAAAUUGAAAACAUGAAUACCGUACAUUCAGUUGUUUCUAAUUCAAGAGGUUCUCAUUGUCCACAGCAACCAUCUCAUCUUCGGCAUACUUCCAUGUCGUCACCAAGCGGUAUGACGACAAAUUACAAUAAUCUUAAUAUAUCUUCACAUAGAAGUAUUCCAACAACACCACCUGCAUCCCCUAGUAAUCAUUCGCCGACAAGUCCCGUUAACAAACAUAUUAGAUCGCCACAAAAUUUUCCCCGAGAAAUAACAGGCAGUGUCAGUCCAGGUAUUCCCAAUGCCACAUUAGAUCUUAGUAGUGCAGCCAAUACAAACAGUCCACAUGAACUUUCUACACUCGUGUGAGAAGAAAACAUAUACAACGAUAAUUAUACGUAAGUUAUGUUUUUUUUCAAUUUUAAUAUUUAAAUCAUUUUUUACAUGAUGAUCUUCUACUUUAGAAUUUUUCAAGUUUUACAAAUCAAAACUUGACUUUCUUCGAUGAUUACAUUUUACAUUUCAUUCACAUGACAAUUUGAAAGAUCAAACUAUAGAAAUGACCCCAAUAAACCUAAAAUAAAUUAGUUAAUUCAGGAUAUUAAUUAAUUAAUUAAUUAU